AGUAGAAAAAUAAAAAAUUUACAUUUUGUUUUUUUAUAAAUUCUUGUAUUGAUUCCCUUGAAAAAUCAGCAAACGCCGAAGAGAAAAAAUGGAAAUAAUCAAAAUGGAAACGAAUUUACAACAGCCAACUGCACCGUCGGCCGCUACACAAGCAACACCCACACCAGUGACAACACAACAACAAAUUUUGCCGACGGCGCCUCAGCCUCCCCACAACAGCAUGUCUACAAGUAGUGUUACUCCUUCCGUGCGACAACAAUCCCAACAGCAGCAGCAGCAACAACAACAACAACAACAUCACCUACCACUCGACUAUAGUUUGGGUAAUUUUAAACCUGCUGUUGCCUCUGAUUUUCCCAGUAAUUUUGUUAGUGGCGGCGGCGGCGGUAGUUCGACGAGUAAUUUACCUUUACGCGAUCUAAAUAUGCGUUCCAAUAUCACAACAACAACAAUACCAAAUCCUACGCAACUUCUACAACAACGUGUUCAACAACAACACGGUGUCAAUGAUCAAACGCAAGAUUAUCAGCCGGUGUCGGCAUUUAAAGCGGUAUUGCCGAAGAAGAAAAUCGCCGACGAUGAACUUGCCUUCAGCAUAAAUCGCCUUGUGAAGUCCGAACACUUAUCCACUCAUCAUCCCUCCGCACUUCAUAGUGCCACCAACAGCACUAAUCCCGCGAAGGUGCAGCAUGACGAGGACAACAACAACUCAAUUAGUAUAUUGAGCAAAAAUCAAAUAUUACAAUGGAAAUUACAACAACCUCUCAGUGAUAGCGGUAUUAGCGAACCACAUUCCUACAUCGAACGCGAUAUGCUUUCACGAUCACGCAGCCAUUCACGCACCUCAUCACAAAUCGAUCUCGACGAUGAUAGUAAUUGUCGACGUUCACUGCAUUCACGUUCGCGUUCACGUUCGAGUUCGGUAGAGCUCGAAGUGGAUUCACCGCCACCACCUGCCUUUCAACAUCACAACAAUAAUCGCGAAAGUCCAAUCAGUUCGCCACCAACGACCGCAGAACUGUUAAUUAGCUCGAGUCCGAAAAAGUCUGAAAUGUUUUCAGUAUCGGCCCUACUGAGACGCGAUGAACCUGUUCAUGCUGCUGCUGGUGGUGGUGGUGGUGGUGGUGGUUGUGGUGGUGUAACGGUUCUGCGGCCAACGCAAAAGUCGCCAGCAGCUGUGAAUCUGCCUAUGGGCAUGAAUCCAUUCGAAGCAUUUCGCAAUGGUUAUACGACGAGUAGCGGAGCUGCUGCCGGCAGUGGCGGUCCGGCGGGCUAUGAGCCGGCAUUCUUUCAACGUCCACUACUACCGCCCGCGUUUCCGCUUUUUGCCGCCUUUGCACUGCAUCAGGGUCAGCAAUCUGGCUUAACCUCAGCCUAUCAUCCCGCUUCGCAGGAAGAUCUCUUUCGUCUACGCAAUCUAAUGGUGCCGUUGCAGUCAAGCCAAAAUGGUGAUGCGUCUGGUCUGCCGCCAAAUUCCCAUCUCGGCCUGCCACAUCCACCACAUCUGCAUUUCCACCAUAUGGCCAAAUGGCCUGGCCUGCCGCAAUUCAGUGACCUUUACUCAUGCAUGAAAUGCGAAAAGAUGUUCUCCACCCCACACGGCCUCGAAGUCCACUCACGGCGUACACAUCACGGCAAGAAGCCCUACGCUUGCGAACUGUGCAACAAGACUUUCGGUCAUGAAGUUAGUUUGAGUCAACACAGAGCUGUGCAUAAUGUGGAGAAGGUCUUUGAGUGUAAACAAUGCGGUAAACGUUUUAAACGCUCCAGCACUCUGUCCACACACCUGCUGAUACAUAGCGACACACGGCCUUAUCCAUGCAGUUAUUGCGGUAAACGUUUUCAUCAAAAGAGCGAUAUGAAGAAGCACACCUACAUACAUACGGGUGAAAAACCCCACAAAUGCACUGUCUGCGGCAAGGCAUUUAGUCAAAGUUCCAACCUCAUCACACACUCACGCAAACAUACCGGCUACAAACCGUUCGCCUGCAAACUCUGUCACAAAUCCUUUCAACGUAAAGUCGAUCUGCGACGCCACAAAGAAACUCAACAUACCGAUCUGCGGCCGCUUAUCGAACGUAAUCUCGGCGGCAAAGUGGAAUUCAUGGCAGCAGCUGCAGCAGCGGCGGCGGCACAACAAAUGGGUCAACAUGAUGGUCUGACGCCCACGAUGGUUGGUCAUCAUGAAGGUGGAGCCAAUGGUGGUAUGGGUUCUGCUGCUGCAGCAGCAGCGGCGGCGGCAGCGGCAGCAGCUGCAAACUCUAUCAAUUCACAAUUGGCUUCGAUGAAUUGUCAAAAGGUUUCGUUGUUGGUAUAACAGGCACAAUAACAAAGACAACAAUUACAAUUACAACAACAACAGCAUGAAAGACUAUUGGAGCAGCAGCAUCGAUUGCAGCAACAAUGUUUGCGAGUUGACUAGAUGGUAAAAGCUGGAAUGUGUUGGAGUAAUGUAAGGAGUAAUUAGAUAACAACAACAACAACAACAACGAUGAUGUGCAAUAAAAUGUAAAAAAAUAGAAACAAUUAAAUGUUGCUUAUAUAAAGGUUAAGAAUUAACUUUAGUCGCAGAAGGUUUGCGGCGAAAUCCAUGCACAUCCAGUCACAGUGUCUGCAUUUAUUAAAAAGCAUUUUCAGUGUUGCCAAAGCAAAGCACUAGCCUUGCGCUUCUUCAUUAAGUUUAUUAUGUAAAAAUAUAAUAUAUUUUUCUAAGUCUAAAAUAGUCCCAUCCACAAUAAUAGACAAAAAAAGCCGAAGAGAUGAAUGAAAAAUUUAAUUUAACA